GAUAAUCAUUGUAAACAUUACAUUGCUUUGCUUGCAGACAGAAAACAUUCUGUAAAAUUAUUAUAUAGUACCUAAAUUGAUACUAAACAGUGGUGUAAUUUAAUUAGCGAACCACCAGUUUCAAUUCUAUUAACAAUCUUUCGGAAGCUUUGCACCAUGGCUGAAGUUACGAGCAACUCAAAUUCUAACCUGUCACCACCGCCUAACAAUAAAAUAAUGGACAAAGAUAGGCCAAAAUUAAAAGUUCUUGCAUUUCACGGGUAUAGACAGAAUGGGGCACUUUUCAGAGGGAAGAUAGGAUCGUUCCGCAAAGCUGUAGCGAAGUACGCACAAUUGAUUUUCAUAACAGCGCCACAUAGGGUGUUCAAUGAAGACGGUGGAGGAGACGAAGACUCUAGAUCGUGGUGGUUUAAUGCAGAGGAUAACACAUUCAGCGGGAAAUGUCUUGGAGGACCAGCCAUUGGUUUUGAGAGUACAUUGAAGCUUGUUGAAAAGACAGUAUCGGAACACGGGCCUUUCCAUGGGUUUAUGGGCUUUUCACAAGGAGCCUGUUUGGUUGGCUUGUUGGCUGCUAUGCAACAGAAAGGAUAUUUACCAUACACAUUUCAAUUUGCAAUAUUUGCAUCAGGCUUCUGUUCAGGAAGUUUAGUUCACAAAGGAUUUUAUGAUGAGGAAAUCAGUUUGCCUUCCUUGCAUGUGUAUGGAGAGAGUGACUCGAUAAUACCAAAAGAAAUGAGUGAAUCUUUAAUUAACCUGUUUCUUAAACCAGUGGUAGCUGAACAUUCUGGUGGACACUAUGUGGCAUGCUCAGGGUCAAUCAAAGAUGCAUACCUGGACUUCCUACAUGAUAGAUAUCAAGACAUUUAUGAAGAGAAUAAAGAGAAGGAUGGAAUGAAUUCAUAAGAUAGUAGUACAUAGUCAUUGAUUCUCUGCAAUUUAUUUGUUUGACUUCAUAUUGAAUAGGUAACUCACAUAUUUUCUGCAAAUUUGGAAUAAAAAGCUGUGUGCCUAUGCAUUU